AUGGCCUCAACCAAUGCACAGGUCCCGAAUUAUGAUGAAGAAGUUGAUUUUCAAGCGCUGGCGAUGAUUGAUCCCGACUUUGCCAAAUUCUAUGAUGACGCAAACGGACACGUCGAUUUUCAGGAUCCAAAGGCAUUACAGCAACUCACGAAAAGCAUUUUGAGACGAGACUUCAGUCUCGAGCUUGACCUGCCCGAUGACAGGUUAUGUCCUCCGGUCCCCGUCAGGUACAACUAUAUUCGAUGGCUCCAAGAGUUGAUGGAUACAACCAGCGAUGUCGAUAUUGAAGAUCNNCCUUCAAGCAAAAAAAUCACUGGCUUGGACAUUGGGAUUGGUGCAUCAUGCAUUUACAGCCUGCUAGCUUGUUCCUCACGACCAUCUUGGAAUAUGCUUGGUACUGAUAUCGAUCCUAAAAACUUCUCAUACGCCAAUGGAAAUAUUGAGAGGAACGGAUUGGGCAAGCAAAUUCGAACGAAGCUACAUACUGCUGAAGACGCUCUGAUCUCGCCCAAAGCAUUUGACCUUGACAGACUCGAUUUUACCAUGUGCAAUCCACCCUUCUACUCAAGCGCAGAGGAUCUGGCAGUCUCGAGCGCCGGGAAGUCCGGCCCUCCUAGUGCCGUAUGCACCGGCGCAGAAGUCGAGAUGAUAUGUCCAGGAGGCGAUGCCGGAUUUGUGCUACGUAUGGUUGAGGAGAGCAGGGAACUGAAAGAUGCUGUCAGAUGGUACACGAGCAUGCUCGGAAAGCUCUCCAGUGUGCAUCAAGUCAUCGAUCGACUCAGGGAACUUGGCAUCAACAACUGGGCUGUUACACUGCUUCGAGCAGGAAACAAGACUCGGAGGUGGGCUGUAGGUUGGAGUUUCGGAGACAGGAGGCCGAGUAAUGUGAGUAGCUUGCAGACUUCGACUCGUAGCUAUGGUACUAACAGAUACAGGNCGGUUGCCAGAGGCAGUGAUGUCGGCACUCAUAUUCUGCCUUACCCGACAGCUCAGACUAUCCACACCAUUGGACUUACAAGGCAAGAAGCGGCUGAUUUGCUUAGCAAAACCCUGCAAGCGCUCGAUAUGCAGUGGUCCUGGCAGUCUGAAAAGUGGGCCGGCCAUGGUGUCGCUACUCAGAACGUAUGGUCACGCUCGGCAAGACGCAAGCGCAAGAGAGUGGAGAUGGAGCAGGAGGACGGUCAGGAAGUGACAUCGCAAUCUAAGGCUCUCAAAUCUGCAGAUGCUGUUGGGAUCUCGCUGGGGUUUGAUGUCGAUGUCAGAGAGGGCGACAUGGAAGUCCGUUGGCUUCAAGGAAAGGACAACGUCCUCUUCGAGAGCUUCUGCGGGAUGCUGAAGAGAUCUAUGAAGCAGAAGUGA